ACGACAAUUAGUGACCGUUGACGACAGCUCGAUCAAAAUGGCAGCUAAAAAAGGGACGCCACAAAUGGUGACGAAAAAGGCGAAAUCUACCUCGCAAAAAGGGAAGAUACCAGAGAAGCAAGUGAAAGUUCCUAGCAAGGCUUCGACAAAAGAAAAAAGAUCUGCCAGCAAAUCGACAAAGCAAGAAAGCAAGAAUGAAAUUGGAACAUUGGAGGAAUUUGAGCUUAUCAGAAAAAGCAUUGAAGAGUCGCCUAAAAACUAUAACAAGUUGGUCAGAUUGCUUAAAAGCCUGCACAUGGUGGUUUCCCAGAUAAAUGAUGAGAAUCAACGGGAAAUGGCCAGUAACUUCAUGAACAUAGCAAGAGGUUUGAUCUACUAUUUAUACAAAAUAUUCAGCCACUUGAUUAGUAAAAGACUAUUAAAAGUGUUUAAAGGGAUUUCAGAACAAGAGGAAACAGUGCGUAAGUGGCUAAUAUCAAAAUAUGAAUCUUUUCAAAAAGAAUUAUUUGACCUAUGGUCUAUUGAACAUUUCACAGAAAGCAUAGCUACGUUAAAGAUUGACGCCCUUGAAAAUCUCAUGAACUUGAUUCAAGAUGAGGCCAAAUAUUUGGGUCCAUCUAUUGAUGAAGCGUAUUUCCCAACAUCGAGAUAUCGUAAAAUACUCCAAAUGUUAUUACUGAGUGGUAACGAAUUGAGCAUCAAUGAGGAAGAUAGUUGUGCCAAUGAUUAUUUGCUUCUGGAAUUCAAAGAAACCUAUUUUGAGAAGUAUUGGGACCUAAAGUUCUAUUUUUUCAGUGAACUGCCUCAUAUUGAGGAAGAUCUUCGAGAAUCAGAAAUUGGACAUAGAUUGGUAUUUUCGAAAUUGGUGGCUUUGACCAAGUCUGCACCUGUGUAUGAUGUGGAAAAUAAGGAAGGAAUCACCGAAAUUCCUGUCUGGGUGAAGAAUGCACCUCAAAAUACAAUGUACAGUGUAAACACUUUCCGAAACAAUUUUGAAAAAACAUGGAUUGGAGCUUUGAAUUUACAACACUUGGGCAAAAAGGAAUAUUCAUCGGCACUAGCUAUAUUACAUAAAAGAAUCAUACCAUUUUUUGGUGAUGCCCAAAAGCUCAUGGAUUUUCUUACUGCUUCAUACACAUUGGGAAUCAAAACUAAAGAUGGUCUUUUAUCCAUUUUGGCCUUGAAUGGUCUUUGGGAAUUAAUGAAAUCAUACAACCUUGACUAUCCAAAUUUCUACACCAACCUUUACGCCAUCCUCACUCCGGAACUACUUCAUUUGAAUGAAAAAUCACGUUUCUUCCGUUUACUAGAUUUGUUCAUGUCUUCUACACAUCUUCCGGCUUCAAUAGUUGCAUCCUUUAUCAAGCGAUUAGCAAGAUUAUGUCUUACUGCUCCUCCAUCAAGUAUAAUUUGUGUCAUUCCCUUCAUAUACAAUUUGAUCAGAAAACACGGACACUCCACAUGCAUGCUUUUGAUUCAUUCGACCACUACGGCUGAGGAAGACGCCGACUAUGUCGAUCCAUUUGAUGAAAACGAAACGGAUCCUUCUAAAACGGAAGCUCUUGGGUCUUCUAUAUGGGAAUUGGAGGCUAUGAUUAAUCACUACCAUCCGAAUGUCUCUGCUCUAGUCAAGAUUUUCACUCAGCACUUUACUAAAUAUAGCUACAACAUGGAAGAUUUUCUUGAUUGGAGUUACGCAAAGCUUAUUGAUUCUGAAAUGAAAAAGAGGUUUAAGGGUGAUUUAGGUGUCGAGUUCGAGAAAUGGAACGGAAUGUUUGGCGAUGAGGGAUACAUGAGCGAUUAUCUAUACUAAUUAAUUAUUUUCUGUGUAUAUUGUCAUAGAGUCUGUAUAUUAAUAUCCCGACGAGUCUCGAUGGAAUUGUAAGAAUUGAACUGGAUU